GGCUCCCUGCGGAGGACUCGGAGGUGGCGGUGGCGAAGGUGCAGGCCGUUGGGGCCCCUCGGAGGCAGGUGAACGCUGAAAAACGCCUUGUAUGUCUUGGGAAACGGGGCUUUGGGCGAAAGAUCGGGAGACACCCCGCGGAACCGUCCAGCUCUGGGGUGGAUGGUGGUUCGCAUCGCACGCCAACCUCAGACCCCCUCGGGCCCAGGCCUAGCUUAACUGAGGCCACUGAGAGGCGGAAAUUCCUUAAAAGAUUAACUACUUUCAUCAACUACUUUCUUGAAGUACUAUUUAUGGUGACUAUGAAAGGCUUAUAUUUUCAACAGAGUUCUACAAGUGAAGAAAUAACAUUUGUAUUCCAAGAAAGGGAAAAUCUUCCUGUUACAGAGGAUAACUAUGUGAAACUUAAAGUUAAAGCUUGUGCUCUCAGCCCAAUAAAUACAAAGCUUAUGGCAGAAAUGAAGAUGGAGAAGGAUUUCUUUCCUGUUGGGAGGGAAGUUGCUGGAAUUGUGUUAGAAGUUGGAAGCAAAGUAUCAUUCUUUCAACCAGAUGAUGAAGUAGUUGGAAUUUUACCCCUGGAUUCUGAAGACCCCGGACUUUGUGAAGUUGUUCGCGUACAUGAGCAUUACUUAGUUCACAAACCAGAAAAAGUUACAUGGACAGAAGCCGCUGGAACCGUUCGGGAUGGAGUACGAGCCUAUACAGCUCUGCAUUAUCUUUCUCAUCUCUCUACUGGAAAAUCGGUGCUGAUAAUGGACGGAGCAAGUGCAUUUGGUACAAUAGCUAUUCAGUUAGCACACCAUAGAGGAGCCAAAGUGAUUUCAACAGCAUGCAGCCUUGAAGAUAAGCAGUGUCUUGAAAGAUUUAGGCCUUCCAUAGCCCGAGUGAUCGAUUUAUCUAACGGGAAAGCCCAUGUUGCUGAGAGCUGUUUAGAAGAAACAGGUGGCCUCGGUGUAGAUAUUGUCCUAGAUGCUGGAGUGAGAUUAUAUACUAAAGACGAUGAGCCAGCUGAAAAAUUACAACUACUACCACAUAAACAUGAUAUCAUCACCCUUCUUGGUGUUGGAGGCCAUUGGGUAACAACAGAAGAAAACUUGCAGCUGGAUCCUCCAGACAGCCAUUGCCUUUUCCUCAAGGGAGCGACGGUGGCUUUCCUUAAUGAUGAAGUUUGGAAUUUGUCAAAUGUACAACAGGGAAAGUAUCUUUGUAUCUUAAAAGACGUGAUGGAGAAGUUAUCAACUGGUGUUUUUAGACCUCAGUUGGAUGAGCCCAUUCCACUAUAUGAAGCAAAAGUUUCUAUGGAAGUUGUUCAGAAAAAUCAAGGAAGAAAGAAGCAAGUUGUUCAACUUUAAUUUUGUUCUUUCUCAGACCUCAGUUGGAUGAACCUAUUCCAGUAUUUGAAGCCAGAGUUCCCUUGGAAAUUGUUAAGAAAAGUCGAGGAAGACAAAAGCAAGUUUUUACAUUUUUAAGCAUGUUUUCCUGCUGAAACAAGAUGCUCAGAGUUAUUGGAAGUAUUUGAAAAGUACUUGAAAAAUUUGAAAAAAAAUCAAACUAAAGGUCAAGACAAUUCUAUAACAUCUAAAGGGAAUAUUCAGAUGCCUUUUUAGUUAUUGUUUUUAUAUAUUUGCCUCUGUUAUAAAAUUCUUUCCACGAAGGAAACUGCUUUGAGCAGAAGCCACGCUACUCUAUCGAUAAAGCUGGAGUCUCUUGCUAUGCCAAAUAACGGUAUUUUGUAUCAACUCCAUUCUCAACCUACGCCUUUGCUGUUGUAAUUUAAUCAUUUGAAUAUAUUUGCAAGUCCAAAGGAUUUAGCCCAUAGAAACCUAAA